UUCCUAUUACCAAGUGAGAAAAGAUUACUUCUCAGACGCGGUAAUGUUUAUCAACAAAGUUUUCGCUCCUGUUUGCUAGCACGUGCAAACUGCUUCCACAUAUCUCUUACCAAUUAAACUGGAAUGGCAAAAAAUUCCAUUACACCCAAUAAAUUUCACGAUUGCCAUAUAUUCAGCCUGUCGUCUCAAGGCAGUAUUUAUUCGCUGUGCCGUCUACCCAAUUUAAACCCCUACGGUCGCAUAAGCUUGCUAGCAGCUUCCUUACGUAAGCCAGUCUUCUUGCUUGAAUUCAACCACGGCUACAAAGAAUCUUUGGUUCCUUAUUCCAGAGAACUAAGUUUCACAUACCUUCCAGGAAAUGCAGAGAUUGUGUCAAUUACUGCAUUUUGCAAGCCUGGGUCAAACAAUACUGUCAUAGUGGUUGCCUAUAUCAAGGUUGGGAAGACAGAAACAGGUCAAUGUCUAAAUAUAUUCACUGUAAAAGAAAGUGGAUCUGACUUUAAUGCCGAUGGACUGGCUUCUUCUUGUUCACUUGAGAUCAAUUUUAUACCUUAUCAUGUUACUCACUGUCUUUGCCAUAAUGAAGUUACAAUUGUGCUGAGUGGCAGUGAUAAUCGAGUUCAUCUAUUUACGGAAGAUUCUAUUACUCACGCUGCCCAGGAAAAAAUAGCUAUUGACGAAUUCCCAGAGUUUAAAAUUGAAUUUCCUAGCGUUGUACUUUGGAUCGAAUUUCAUAUUCUUAGAGAAAAGUCGCUCCGUUUGACUGCUAUAGGCUGUGAAUGUGGCAAUUUUUAUUUGUACAUUGUCGACACUAAGUCUAAUUCUGUGAAAACCAUGGCCAAUGUCAACCAUGGAACGCCUGUUACAUCAUCCAGAUUCUUGGACGAUUCCGACACCCUUAAUCUCCUGGUAACCAGCUCUCUUUUACCAGCAACAGUCUAUCGGAAUAUUUUGGAAAAGUUUUUGAAUGACCCCACCAUAUUAACCGGUAGCGAUAAACAUGACGUCAUAACCUGCAGUAUAGUUUGUGACGUUCAGAUGGACCAGCAACCCACAAUUCUUCUAGGAACCUAUGGCCAAGAACUAUUGGCUUACCGACUUGAGAAUCUCGAAUGGUCGUUGGCGUGGCAAAGAAGUUUCAGCCAUCCUAUAUUGGCACUCGACUACUGUGAUGUUACGGGCGAUGGAGUCCGUGAGCUCGUGGCCUUAACUACUAGAGGAGUACAGAUUCUUCAGCAUGAUCUUGAAGAAAUUGUUGAACUUUUUCUACAACGCGUUUCCUUGUCGGACAUGCCUAAGAGCAUAAUAAAUGGCAGUGUUUUGAUUUAUUUACGUUUAUCGCUGUGAGUUGAAAUUCCAGUCUGUCAAUAGAAUAAUCAUCGGUUGGAA